GAUGGUUGGUGAUAGCCAAACAUCCUAAGUUUUUAUUCAAAAGACAGGUGAAAAACUAGUGCGAUUCUUCCAGAUCUCUUCCCAAUGGCUCUUUCUCUCACCUUAAAGCGUUUGCCUUUUGCCAUUUCUCUGCUGUAUAUAGCUAUUUCCUGCUGUCAAGCGCAGCAGGCUGAUCCAGUUCAGAUUGUUGCUAGAGCAGCACUUUGUUUUGAUAAUCGACCCGUGCUUAACAACUGCCUGACAUCAAUGGGAGUAAAUGUUGGUGGUACCAACAGUUCAGCUCAACAAAAUAUUUCUACAACUACUUUCUGCAAUGGGCCUUGUUUUGGUCAAAUGAUGCUGAUGACCAAUUGUAUUAAUGGCAUUCUCUCAAACUUCCAAUUCUAUAACCCAGGAAUGAUGCAAGGGGUGCAAGCUAUAUUUCAAACUGCAUGCGGUCAAAAUAGUAACAAUGGUGUUGCUGCUAAUAAUAAUGGAGGUGGCUCAGGUGGGUCUGCAAACAUGGUGGGUGCAUCAAACUAUGGAAUUGAGCUUGCCAUCCCCAUGUACAUGUCUCUAUGGAUGCCAGCGCUUUUGGUUGCUAUUUGGCUCCUCUGAGUCAUGCCACAGAAAAGAAAAUAUAGUUAUACAGUGUUUCGCUGGCGGCAAAUUCUUGUUGGUCUCCAUAGACUGGAGAAUGUACAACUAAGAGAUGGAAAUUCUCUAUAUUUGGAUGGACCAGUUCACCAGCUGGAACUCUCUUUCCAUAUGUACUAAUAAUAUGAUCUUUUUUUCUUUUU